AAAUCAGCAGCAACAUAAUCCCUCCCUUUUCACGACUGUUCGUUGUUGAUAUACACACCACAGCACAGAUUACCGAAACAUGGAAUCCAAAGAAGGAGAAAGUCUGAUCAUGAGGAGAGAGAUGCUCUUGAAGCUUCAAGAGAAGAUUGCGAAAGCCACUUCUGACCUCAAAGCGUCAGGAUCAUCAUCGGCCUACACUUCAACUCAACUCCAAAACAUCUCUAAAGAGAUCCAACUUCUUCUCACGAAAAAGACUGCAAAUGCUCAGAUUCGCGAUGAGCUUGACAAGGUGUUUGCUGCUGAGGAAGUUGGACAUUUAUGUGACGUGUGCGGGAGAGACCUAGCCUCUGAUCCAGAAAGACCUAAUGCUUCUUUGCGUAGCUUACAAGAAGCGUGCGUGCUGGCUUGUGGUCAUGUCUACCACUUCAAGUGUUUGAGAGGCACCACUCUUGAUCUUGAUAAUCCUUCCUGCAUUUUAUGCACCAGCUAG